CUCCCAGGUACCAUUCUCCCCCGCACUUUCUCCAUUGCUUAUUUCAUCACCCACUAGCAGACCCUCUUCGGCCAGUACUACCACACCAACCAGCUCCCCAAUUACACCUCACUGCUCCACUACCUAUACCGAUGACCCACCAACCAGCCUCCCACUUACACCUCAGCCCAGCAUUUCAGCCGAAACUACAGGCAGUCCGUCCUUUUCCACUACCGAGCCACCUUCACCAGUCACAUGUCCCGUUUCAUCGCCUCCCCCCUCCGCCCCGAUUGCUAAUGUUCAUCCCAUGCAAACCCGAUCCAAAUCCAGGAUUUUUAAACCCAAAGCUAUUUUCAAUUUAAAUACAGUUGUUAGCACACAUGAUCCUACUUGUUUUUCAGAGGCAAAUAAACAGCUUAAGUGGAGAGCCGCUAUGGCUGAGGAAUUUAAUGCUCUUAUCUCUAAUCAUACAUGGGAUCUUGUACCGUUUGAUGCUAGAAAGAAUAUAUGUGGUUGGGUCAAAAUGGAUUUAUAAGACUAAAUACUUAUCUGAUGGUUCUGUGGAUCGCUACAAAGCAAGGUUGGUUGCUCAGGGGUUUAAGCAGCAGGUAGGUAUUGAUUUUACUGAAACUUUUAGUCCUGUUGUCAAACCUACUACUGUUCGUCUUGUUCUUUCUUUAGCUGUGUCUUUUGGUUGGCCUGUUCGUCAACUUGAUGUCAAAAAUGCCUUCUUGCAUGGUCAUCUUACUGAGGAAGUAUAUAUGCGUCAACCUCCGGGUUUUGUUCAUCCUCAGUUUCCCACUCACUUGUGUCGGCUGCGUAAAGCUAUUUAUGGUCUCAAACAGGCCCCCCGUUCAUGGUUGCAUCGCUUUAGCAGUUUUCUUUUGUCUCAUGGUUUUGUCUGCAGCCGGUCUGAUAAUUCCCUAUUUAUUUUUCGCCGCCACUCUGAUGUUAUCUACCUGUUACUAUAUGUUGAUGAUAUCAUUGUUACAGGUAAUUCCAUUACAUUAGUGAGUCAUUUUUUGUCUCUUUUGGCUAAGUGUUUUGCUAUGAAGGACUUGGGUGAAUUACAUUUUUUCUUGGGGAUUCACGCCACUCGUAUCUCCUCUGGGUUAUUUCUUUCUCAGCAUAAAUAUGUAUCUGAUCUUCUUCAUCGCUUUCAUCUUCAUACUUUAAAACCUAUUCGCUCACUGUUUCCUAGUCGCACCAAACUUUCCCUCACUGAUGGAGAGCUUCUUGCUGAUGUCACGGAGUACAGAAGUAUGGUCGGGGCAUUACAGUAUUUAACUUUGACUAGACCAGAUAUUACUUUUGAUGUACACUUGGUUUCCCAAUUUAUGCAUGCCCCCCCGUGCUUCACAUAUGUCGGCUGUUAAGCGUAUUUUCAGGUACUUACAGGGCACCAUCGAUCAUGGCUUACUUCUUCAGUCUGCUCACGGAUCUCAAACUCUCAUUGCUUAUUCAAGUGCUGAUUGGGCUGGGUGUCCUGAUACUGGUCGGUCCACUUCUGGUUAUGCCAUUUUUCUGGGACCAAAUCUCAUCUCCUGGCGGUCCAAGAAGCAGCCCACGGCCUCCCGAUCAUCUACAGAGGCUGAAUAUCGCGCCGUGGCCUUUACAGUUCAGGAUACUAUACACAUUCGCUCUGUCUUGUUUGAGCUUGGGUUUCCUAUUCGAAUGCCUACCACCUUGUUUUGUGAUAAUGUUUCAGCCUCAUAUCUUUCUGUUAAUCCUAUUCAUCAUGCCAGAAGUAAGCACAUUAAUAUUGACUAUCAUUUUGUUCGUGAGCGGGUGGCCCAUGGAGAUCUUUGUGUCAAGUAUGUUCCUACACAGGCUCAGCUGGCAGAUAUUUUUACAAAAUGUUUGUCCCCACAACGGUUUACUCUUCUUCGUGACAAUUUGCGCAUUGUUUCCUUUGCACAGUUUGAGGGGGUGUAAUAGAGUAGAUUAGUUAUUUAUUUAAUUAUCAUUAGUUUGGGACUCCUUUUGUAAUUAUUACUCUUAUUUCCUAUAUAUAUAUCUGCCAGGGCUAACGUUAUGGUUAAGCCUGGUAUUAUUUCUCACAAUUCC